AUGCAAAGAAUAAUUGAGAAUACAAAUCGGUCUGAUCAAGAGUAAAACAUCUAACUAGUUAAUGAGUAGAAGAUGUAACUUCUUAACGAGUAUAAUAAUUGGAAUGAACAAAUUUAAGAUUUAUUUACAGAAUUUAAUGCUUUAAAUAUUAGACCGAAUUAAGAUUUAUAGUAAUUAUUUAUCUAACUAUAUAACGAUUUCUAUAAUCUAUAAAUUCUUUAAUAAGUACUCUAAUAAGAUCUCUUAUAAGAUUUCUAAUAAGUUCCCUAAUAAAAUUUCUAAUAAGAUCUCUUAAAAGAUUUCUAAUAAGUUCCCUAAUAAAAUUUCUAAUAAGAUCUCUUAUAAGAUUUCUAAUAAGUUCCCUAAUAAAAUUCACAAAAUAAUGUCUAUAUAAUUAUAAAACAAAUUAUAGAAUAAAAUAUCCUAUAAAUUAUAGAAUAAAACAAGAAAUAUGUCAUAUAACAAAAUAUCCAAUCAAAUUUGUAAUAAUAAAAUGAAUAAUAAGAUGUCCAAUAAAAUUAAUCAAAUGUAAUUGAUUUUAAAUAAUCACCAUUAUUAGAAUAUGGAGAUUUACUUUAUUUAUGUAUAAAAGUCAAAGAACAUUUUUCUUAUUAUCCAAGACCAGUUUAGUUAUUAUCGGUAAUAGAAUUAUAUAAUCAUAAUAAUAAGAAGGGACGUUUAGCUUAGAUUUAUACAGGAGAAGGGAAAACGUUAAUAGUUGCGAUGUUGGCUGUAUUAUUAUGUAAAAAGAAAAAGACAAAUGUUGACAUUGUAACAAGUUCUCCAGUGUUGGCAAUAAGAGAUGCUGAAGAAUUAAGUCCUUUUUAUAAAUUAUUUUAAUUAUCUGUCUCUCAUAAUAUAUCUGAAUCAAAUUAGAGAGAGAAAAAGCUUCCAUGUUAUGAUUGUCAAAUUAUAUAUGGAGAUACUCAUAGUUUCUAAGCAGAUAUAUUAAGACAUGAAUAUUCAGAAUUAGGAACGAUGGGUAAUAGAUAAUAAGGAUAUGUUAUUGUUGAUGAAGUUGAUUCCAUGCUUAUUGACGGUAAUAAUAAUAAGACAAUACUAACUUCUCCUAUUCCAGGAAUGCUUGAUUUAAGCAAAGUUCUUGGAUUGAUAUGGGAUGAAAUUUGUAAAGUAGAGCCAAACCUCUUGACUAAUAAAAAAGUUUGGAUUCGAUCCAGAGGGUAUGAUGGCAAUUUAGUUGUUGACCUAGACGAAUAUAUUGAAAAAACACUAAAUAAUUAGUUAAGAGAUACUUUAAAAAAUUUUAUCCCCUAGUUUCGUUUAAAUUAUAUCAGCUUUAUGAAAAGAUAUUGGAUUGAGAGUGCUAUUUAAGCAAAGUUUAAUCUUCAUGAAGGUGUAAAUUACAAAAUUGAUAAUGAUAAUAUUAGAAUAGUUGAUUAUCAAAAUACAGGAGUUGUACAUAAGGAAAAUAUGCAAUGGGAAAAAGGUUUACAUCAAUUUCUUUAAAUGAAACAUAAGGUUUCUAUAACUCCAUUAAGAAUCAGCACUAAUUAUUUAUCCAACAUUAGUUACUUUAAAAGAUAUAAAAGUUAACUUUUAGGUCUUACAGGUACUUUGGGUUCUAAAAAUACCUAACAAUUAUUAGAUAAAUAGUACAAUUUAGACUUUUUAUUUAUGCCUCCUUAUAAAAAAAGUCUUUUAUAGAAAUGGCCUGGAAUAGCAAGUAAUAGUGAAGAGGAUUGGUUAGAUGAGAUUUCAAAGGUAGUUUAAUAAUAAAUAAACAGAAAAAGAGCAGUUCUUAUAAUAAAUCAAACCAUAAAUGAUGUGAGUAAAAUUCAUUAACAUUUAUAAAAAUCUAAUCUUAAUUCAAUUACUUAUGUUGAUGAUAGUUAAGAAAUAAGUAGAAAGAUUGAGCCUAAAACAAUUAUUAUAGCAACAAAUUUGGCUGGGAGAGGAACAGAUUUAACUACAAAUGAAGAAUUGGAAACAAAUGGUGGUCUUCAUGUGAUCAUGUCGUUUUUACCUAGAAAUAUUAGAAUCUAAUGUUAAGGAUUUGGAAGAACUGCAAGAUAAGGUAAGAAAGGUACAGCUUAGUUGAUUGUAAACUAUAAGAAAAAUUUAUAUUGUGGGUCUAUGUAAGAAAUAGAAACAAUGUAAGAUGCUAUAAAUUAUUUUGAAACUCAUUCAAAAUAAUAAAUCUAAACUACAUUUGAUGUUUUAAACUUCUUUAGAGAUCUAAAUGAGUAAGACUAUAUAAAUGAAAUUGAGAAGGAUAUGGAGAAAUUAUUGAAUGAAGACAAAUGCUUUUAAAAAUUUUGUCAGAUUGCAAAGAGAAUGGUUAAUUAUGAUAUAAAAAAAAACAAUGCCGAAUUUAAAGCUUUGGAAGAGAAAUGGGGUCUGUAUUUAGAACAAUUCCAAGAUGUAGGAUUGAAUGAAAAUGAUAUAGAACAAUUAUUGAAAUCAGAAGAACAAUAAAAUUAUAAGUAUUUAAUAUUGUCAGGGCUAUAACAUGAUGAUUUAAGCAUAAUAAAUAAAGCAGCUUAAAUAGAGAAUAAUGAUUUCUCAGUAUAAUAUUAUAAAGGAUUGUAUGAAAUAAAAGGCAGAAAUUAUCAAGAAGGAUUAAAUUCAUUGAAUAAAGCAAAACAGCUAGUGUUAAAUAAAAUAGAGGAUGAGAAGGGAUUUUCUACAGUAUCUAAAAUGAAUAGAAUUCAAGUAGAUUAAUUUUAAGAUAAUAUAAAAUUGCCUAAUGUUUAAAUUUCAGAUACCUAGAUAGACUAUUAAAAUUUAGUGUUACCUAAUUUAGAUUUAAAUAGAUAAGCAUAAAUGGAGAACGUUCCAGCCAUUCAAUUUGGGCUUAAAUAAUAAGAUUUUCUUGACUUAAAAAUAAAUAAUCAAAUAAAGGUGUAUGAAAAACUUAUAAANUACAAUUUAGACUUUUUAUUUAUGCCUCCUUAUAAAAAAAGUCUUUUAUAGAAAUGGCCUGGAAUAGCAAGUAAUAGUGAAGAGGAUUGGUUAGAUGAGAUUUCAAAGGUAGUUUAAUAAUAAAUAAACAGAAAAAGAGCAGUUCUUAUAAUAAAUCAAACCAUAAAUGAUGUGAGUAAAAUUCAUUAACAUUUAUAAAAAUCUAAUCUUAAUUCAAUUACUUAUGUUGAUGAUAGUUAAGAAAUAAGUAGAAAGAUUGAGCCUAAAACAAUUAUUAUAGCAACAAAUUUGGCUGGGAGAGGAACAGAUUUAACUACAAAUGAAGAAUUGGAAACAAAUGGUGGUCUUCAUGUGAUCAUGUCGUUUUUACCUAGAAAUAUUAGAAUCUAAUGUUAAGGAUUUGGAAGAACUGCAAGAUAAGGUAAGAAAGGUACAGCUUAGUUGAUUGUAAACUAUAAGAAAAAUUUAUAUUGUGGGUCUAUGUAAGAAAUAGAAACAAUGUAAGAUGCUAUAAAUUAUUUUGAAACUCAUUCAAAAUAAUAAAUCUAAACUACAUUUGAUGUUUUAAACUUCUUUAGAGAUCUAAAUGAGUAAGACUAUAUAAAUGAAAUUGAGAAGGAUAUGGAGAAAUUAUUGAAUGAAGACAAAUGCUUUUAAAAAUUUUGUCAGAUUGCAAAGAGAAUGGUUAAUUAUGAUAUAAAAAAAAACAAUGCCGAAUUUAAAGCUUUGGAAGAGAAAUGGGGUCUGUAUUUAGAACAAUUCCAAGAUGUAGGAUUGAAUGAAAAUGAUAUAGAACAAUUAUUGAAAUCAGAAGAACAAUAAAAUUAUAAGUAUUUAAUAUUGUCAGGGCUAUAACAUGAUGAUUUAAGCAUAAUAAAUAAAGCAGCUUAAAUAGAGAAUAAUGAUUUCUCAGUAUAAUAUUAUAAAGGAUUGUAUGAAAUAAAAGGCAGAAAUUAUCAAGAAGGAUUAAAUUCAUUGAAUAAAGCAAAACAGCUAGUGUUAAAUAAAAUAGAGGAUGAGAAGGGAUUUUCUACAGUAUCUAAAAUGAAUAGAAUUCAAGUAGAUUAAUUUUAAGAUAAUAUAAAAUUGCCUAAUGUUUAAAUUUCAGAUACCUAGAUAGACUAUUAAAAUUUAGUGUUACCUAAUUUAGAUUUAAAUAGAUAAGCAUAAAUGGAGAACGUUCCAGCCAUUCAAUUUGGGCUUAAAUAAUAAGAUUUUCUUGACUUAAAAAUAAAUAAUCAAAUAAAGGUGUAUGAAAAACUUAUAAAUAAUAUUGAUGAAAUUGCAAAUACAGUAAAAAACUUCAACCCAAAUGAAGAAGAACUUUAAUUAACUUGGUAGAAUGUAAUAGAGUAACAAGAAAAAGGUAAUGUUGAUUAAUAGCAAAAUAUUAAAGAUUAAGAGGAAGUUAUACAAGAUGGGCCUUUACCUAUCCUUGGUAAACUGAUCAAACUAAAAAAAGAGAAAAAGAAAAGAAAAUGGUGGAAAUAUAUUGCAAUGUUUUUGAUAGGAUUGGGUCAAUUUUUAAUUGGAUGUGCAAUAUGUUCAUUUACUUGUGGAUUAGCGAUGCCUAUAGGAACAACUUUAAUAACUUCAGGAAUUUCAGAUAUGAUAUCAGCAGUAACUGCUGCUUGGUAAGGAAUAGAUAUUGAUUGGGGAUCCUGGGGAAAAAAAAAGGUGAUUACAAUAGCAGCUACUUUGGCUCUAGCUGGACCUGCUGCUAUUGAAGAAGUUUUUACACUUGGAGGUUAGGCAUGGAAUUCAUUAGAGAAAAUUGGAAUCAAUUAAUUUUUAAAAUAAAUUCCUAAGGUUACAGCUGAAGGACUUGCAAAAGCCGGGUACUGGUUAACAGAUUUAUCAAAAAGUUAUAUCUUAGCUUAAUAUGAUACAUUGAAGUUAAUAUCACAAUUUGCUUAAAGUACUAAUAAUAAUUAAACAAUUCUCACUUAAGCAAAAUCAAUUAUUUAAGACUAAGUAAAUAAAGGAAAAAUCUCUUCUAAAACUGCUACAGAUAUCUAAGAUAUGGUUAAUUAAAGCUUUGGAUAAUCUUAGAAAAGUUCAAAUGCAUUGAAGAAUACCUUUUGCUAAAAUUCUUAAAAAUAUAUUCGCUUCAAAAUGGCUGAAUGUAAAUCAGAGGAAAAUUCUUCUCAAAUUAAAGAUAACAUGAUCUAAAUUUGUACAAGAGAAGGCAAUAAAUUAUAUAGUAAUGUAAAAGAUGAUAUUGUAAACUUUGAUAAUUAUAAGUAGACUCUUGAAAAUGACUUAAACUAUUGUUCAUAAAUAAUUAAGGAUAUUUAUUCAAAAGACUUAGAAAUACAAAAAUAAAUUAUCACACUUGAUCUUUAUUAUGAAAGAAUGUGUAAUCAAAAUAAAGUAUCAGAAGCAAUAAACAAUAAAACCAUAUAAUGGGUUAUAAGUUAGAACUUCAGUGCUAAUGAUAAGUCUUUUUAAAGGGAAUGUAGGAAUCUUUAAUUAACUGAUCCAUAAUCAAUUAAAAAAUUUUAUGAUGAAUAAAUUAGACCCCCGAUUUACCAAUUUUGCAUUGAUACAAUUAUAUAAUCAAAUUAUUCAGAACCAUUAGAAAUUAUAUUCCAAAAAGAGUAUUAAAAUCUACAAGAUCCCAAUUUAUAGUAAAUGAGAUAAUUUGACUCUAAAUAGUUUGCAAAAAGUAUGGCAAGCCACAUGAAUGAAAAAAAGAUGAUCAAUAUGGAUGGAAUAACCUUAUCUCAAUCAUUCGAAGAAGAGUUUAAUCGAUAUUUGAAUGGCUAAAAUUAUGAUAAUAUCAUUAAAUAAAAUAUUUAAUAAGCUUUGAAAAAUAGCCAUCUUUUCAUUAAAGAUUAUUAAUUAAAAUCGAAAAAAAUUCUAUCAUCGAAAUUAUCAUUAGUCCUACAAGUUUAAAUGAUUGAUGAAAUGUAAAAAUACAUAUUUGAAUAAAAAUUGUAGGCUGCUGAUAACUAAAUCAUGAGAAAAAUGAAUUGA